CUCCGACAAGACUCAAUGCAAAUCACGAACCAAACAUUUGACUUUGACUGAGUAGUUGAAUGCGUUCUUUCGCUUUGCUGUGUCAGUCUUGCAAAGAUGUUGCGAUCUUCCUUCCAAAGAAUUCAAAGGCUUGGCCUAACGGCCCGCUACCAGUCGACUGCCCUUGAAGCUGAUGUUUGCGUCGUCGGUAGUGGUCCUGGCGGAUAUGUGGCAGCAAUCAAGGCUGCCCAACUCGGCAUGAAGACGGUAUGCGUGGAGAAGGAAUCUACCUUGGGCGGCACUUGCCUGAACGUGGGAUGCAUUCCCAGCAAGGCUCUGCUGAACAACUCUCACUUCUACCACAUGGCACACAGUGGCGAUUUGGCGAGCCGUGGUGUUGACGUCGAGGGUCUCAGCCUGAAUCUACCCAAGAUGAUGGCAGCCAAGUCCACUGCUGUGAAGCAGCUGACUGGUGGAAUCGCUCACCUGUUCAAGCAGAACGGUGUAACGCAUGUGAAGGGUUUUGGCAGCGUCUCUGGUCCCAAUGAAGUGUCUGUAGACCUGAGUGAUGGUAGUGGCCAGCAGAAGGUUUCAGCUAAAAAUAUUCUUAUUGCCACCGGGUCAGAAGUUACCCCGUUUCCUGGCAUUGAAAUCGAUGAGAAGACUAUCGUCUCAUCGACUGGUGCCCUCUCCCUUACAGAAGUGCCCAAGAAAAUGGUGGUCAUCGGUGCUGGUGUUAUCGGCUUGGAGUUGGGCUCCGUAUGGCAGCGUUUGGGAGCUGAAGUCACUGCUGUUGAGUUCCUCGGCAACGUAGGUGGCCAGGGUAUUGAUAUGGAUGUUGCCAAGAACUUCCAGCGUAUUCUGAAGAAGCAGGGUAUGAAGUUCCACAUGAACACAAAGGUGACUGGCGCUACCAAGACUGACGGGGGCAUCUCCGUUCAGAUUGAGACGGUCAAGGGUGGCAAAACGGAAACACUGGACUGUGAUGUGCUGUUGGUGUGUGUUGGACGACGGCCAUUCACCCAAAACCUAGGGCUGGAGAACGUUGGCAUCACACUUGACAGCCGAGGCCGCAUCCCAACCAACUCUCGCUUCCAGACGUCGUGUCCGUCCGUCUACGCCAUUGGCGAUGUCAUCGAAGGUCCUAUGCUGGCGCACAAAGCUGAAGAUGAAGGUAUUAUCGCCGUGGAAGGACUGCAGGGUGGUGAGCCACAUAUCGAUUACAAUUGCGUGCCAUCAGUUGUCUACACACACCCUGAAGUCGCCUGGGUGGGCCAGACUGAGGAGCAGCUGAAGGCGGAGAAUAUCCCCUACGUUGUCGGCAAGUUCCCCUUCUCCGCGAACAGCCGUGCACGCACCAACAAUGAUAUUGACGGUUUUGUGAAGGCCCUUGGUCACAAGGAGACUGAUCGUCUACUCGGAGUACACAUCAUCGGCUCUGGUGCCGGUGAGAUGAUCAACGAGGCAGCGCUGGCCAUGGAAUACGGUGCCUCGUGCGAGGAUGUUGCACGAGUGUGCCACGCUCAUCCCACGGUAUCCGAGGCUCUUCGUGAGGCCAAUCUCAGUGCUUACUUUGGAAAGCCCAUCAAUAUGUAGUAAUCAGUUUAGAUGUAUGGUUUGAUUGAUUUUGAGCAGCAAAUACUGUAUCUGGACCAAUAAUAACGGCAUAAUGGUUUUCAUAGAAGUUGUAUAUAUGUUUUUGAGGCAUGAAUGUUUACUUUUUAAAUUCAUACUCGUAGGACAUAAUUCAUAAUUCAUAAGACAAUAAUAUUUCUCAUGAAUGCCCGUUUUCAACAAGAAUUGGAACUUUGAGUUCAUCAA